CUAAAUUGAAGACAGAAAUAAAAAUUUCCAGAGAAAGCGAGGAGUGAGGAAGGAAAAUUAGCUAAAUAAAUUCCUCCUCCGUUUUUAUUCAAUUCGUCGAUACUUCUUCUUUCAGGGUUCAUUGAUUAAUGGAUUCUUCAUCUUCAACUAAUAAUUUCUCAAAGUUUAUACACUCAACUUCAUCAGCUCUUCACUCUAUCUUAAACCAAUGGACUCUAAUAGAUCGUCCAGACUCACCACGAUCCGACCGUCCCCAAACCUUAAACCCUACUACAUCAUCAUCAAUUUGUGUUCCUUUAUUGUUUUCUUCAUCUUCGUUUCACAAUUUUGAUUCUGAUAAUAACAUCAAUUCAUCAGUACCACCACCAUCAUCAUCAUCAAUGAAGAGACUGAAUUCGAAUCCGAAUUCCAAUUCAAAUUCCAAUUCUGGGUUUCCGUCGACAGUUAGAAUUACAAGGACUAUGAAUGAGAAAGGCGGAGGAGGACCUGCUUUUGUUGGGCAAGUUUUUAGUAUGUGUGAUGUUUCUGGUACUGGUCUCAUGGCGGUUUCUACUCAUUUCCAAAUCCCCUUUCUUUCUAAAAGAACACCGGAGUGGCUUAAAAAGAUGUUUGCAGCUGUUACCAAGAAUGGCAGAGAUGGCCCCAUGUUUCGAUUCUUCAUGGAUAUAGGUGAUGCAGUUUCAUAUGUUAAACAGCUGAAUGUUCCUUCUGGGGUUGUAGGCGCUUGCCGCCUUGAUCUGGCAUAUGAACAUUUCAAGGAAAAACCACAUAUGUUCCAGUUUGUUCCAAAUGAAAAACAGGUCAAGGAAGCUAAAAAACUUUUGAUGGAAAAUCCACACAACAAUGGAGUGAAAACCAUAGAUGGCGUUCCUGUAUUUACUGCUGAAAACUUAGAUAUAGCGAUUGCUACUAAUGAUGGAAUUAAGUGGUAUACACCAUAUUUCUUUGACAAAAAGACAUUAGACAACAUCCUUGAAGACUCUGUUGAUCAGCAUUUCCAUACACUAAUUCAGAACCGCCGCGUGCAACGGAGAAGGGAUAUUAUUGAUGAUAGCUUUUCAGCGGAUGCGGUCGAAGACAACGCAGAGAGCCCAUGGGAACCUCCAGAGGUCCAAGAAGUGAUGGAUGAGAUGGGCCAACCAACAAUUCCAUUGAGUGUAAUCUCAAAGGUUGCAGAACUGCAGCUCCAUCAUGCCGUAGACAAAGUAAUGUUGGGAAACAGGUGGCUAAGGAAAGCCACUGGUAUUCAACCAAAAUUCCCUUAUAUGGUUGACUCUUUCGAGAGAAGGACUGCAGCUUCUUUUAUGAAGGAUGCCAAGUCAACUAGUGCUGCUGCCACCUUAGAUUCUGAUUGUGAGAACACUAAUCAUGAAUUGGAAUUUAAAUCUGGAAAAUCUAAAUUAAGAGAGAGUGCUCCAGUGGACAAGAAACCAGAUCACACAGAUUUCCGGUUUCCAUUUGGAUGCUGGUUUACCAAUCCAUGGUCAAUGCAAGAGCAGAAAACUUAUAAUCAGAUUACCUCUGACACAAGUUCAAAAAGGACAAACACUGUAGAAGAAGUCCAAUCCAAUCCUCUUCUACCAAAGAUUACAAUGGUCGGUAUCUCCACUGGUGAGACGGGGCAAGUGAGUAGAUCUAGUUUGAAGAAAACCAUGGAUGAUCUAACAAAGAAGUUGGAGGAGACAAGUAAGAACAACGACAACAGCAAUAAACAUAUUGAAGUCAAAGAGGAAGAAAGAGAUCCUCUCUUUGUUGCCAAUGUGGGAGAUUACUAUUCAGGGUUGGCAAAGACCGGCUCCUCACGCUGGGUACGUCCAAGAAAUAAUUGAAAUUUAGGUUCGCGGAUUAGUAAUCUGUAGGUAGAAUUUAGUAUGUAAAUUAACAUAUCAUGUAUGAGUGACUAAUUUAUUUAUCGAUCAUCACCUAUUGUUGUAUGUCUUUUGCUUGGAAAUUACAGGUUAUCAAAUUUGCCAAAGUCUUUAAAACUAGGCUUUCACUGUCUUUUCCACAAUUGAUGUAGCGCAUAUUAAAAAUUAUUUAUUAACAGUUACUUGCAA